AUUGGUCGAGCUGUUUUGCCUGGCUGGUUCAUUUGUAAAAACGGAUAUUUCGGCGACUCGCGGUAGGGCGCCGUCCGUCCGGCAUGUCUUGUUUACGUCGCGUUUGGAUUAUUGCUCCACGGGUCAAUUAAAUAUUUCUACAAAGAAUAAUCUCUGUGGCAGGCUUAAGGAAAAGGAGACCAGGAGGAGGAGGAGGAGAGUGAAGGAGCAAAGGGAUGCUGACCCAUCCCUCUGACUCUCUCGCUCAGAUAGUUUUUCCGAUGGAUGAAGAUGCUAUUACCCCAAUCCCUGUCUGUAGCGCACCUCCCCAAAGUGAACCCGCACCACCUUUCCUCCCCCUUUCCUACAUCACUCCCAGCUGUGCAAAUGAUGGCCUGUCAGGGCAUCGGAGGAGUGGUCGCGUUCAAGGGCUUAGAGGGCAAAUGCAGAAAAAACAGGGUUACGCCGACUCACACGUCCCCCAAAAACCAGCCACAAACAGUCCGUCCACUGCACACGAUCAAGAGGAGAGCGCAAUCAUGGAUGCAUUUAGCAGACCUCUUGUGGAGCACCAAACUGAGCAGAAAAACUCUGAAACUCAACAGAAGAACGUGGUCAACUUCUCUGGAGAAAACAAAGUUGAGACUUUUGAAGAAGAGACCUCACAAAGUACCGGUCUAACUCAGCCUGACAUGGGUUCGUGUGGAGAAAUGCCCGUCGGACAUGUUAUUGAAGACGGAUCCGCCCAAAAGGGAUGGGUUAUCGGUCCACUGGUUCAGUCACUGAAGUCCAAGAUGGCAAGUUUCACGGAGAUCGUCAUGACUCCUGUCAAAUUCUUCAGAUCAGGGAGUCCUCCACCGUCAAUCGACUGUCCAUACAAACAUGUAGAUGGUGAUGAAGGAACCGAUGAGUUAGAGAACUACAACCAGGAGACUGAAACUCAUCCGCAAGUCCAGGGUGACUUUGGAAAUAUGGAGUGUUCAAAACCUGCUACCCCCAAGUAUUCUAAAAAACUGGAAUUUGAUGCGUUAUCUGAGGCAGAUGAAUGUACGUUAAAUCCACAGGUACAAAGUUUCUCUUUAGUGCCUUUGCUGGACAGAUCUUUAGCUUGUGUUGUUGCCAAGCAGCAUUCAGAAUCUUCCGGACCCACGUUGAGUUCGUCUUCCAAUCAAAGUGCCUCGCACGAGUCCAAGUUUAACAAAUCCACCGUGGAGAAGAACCACAGAAGCCGUCCGCAGAGCAACAGACGUCCCUCCCAACAGAAUUCAGGCAAAAGUGAAUCAAGUGAGACGAACAGAAAUCCGUCUAUAUCUUCUUCCACGUUUUACUCUAACCCUUACGAAGAUCAGAGUGAGGAAAGUAACCGUAGCUUUCUUCAAAACCGUCUGCGCAGCAAAUUCAGCGAUGGUCCUAACAAAACGUUGCCUACUUUAAGCCGACAGCCAGAGGAGUGCCAAGCAAACUCUGAACUUCUAUCAGCCUCAGGUGUGGCAGUGAAAAGAGGACUGAAGCUAAACUGCCGCGAAAAGGACGCUUCAAAGCGUAAAAGGGUGACCUCCGAAACGAUAAACACGGAUUCUAGGAAAACACCUCGGAAGGUGAAUGCAUCCACAAAACCCUCGGGAAGCGAGGAAGAAGCCGUUAAACAAAGCAAAGCAAAAAAGAUCGCGGCAACAAAAGGAAGCACAAAGGCGAGAAAUGGACAUGGGAGAACAUCAGCAAAUGUUACUGACGGUUCUGCUGAUCCGAUGUUGGUUUGCUCGAGCUGUGGAGCGCCGCACCACGCCUCGAAAGGCUGUAAAAGCAAAGCGAAGCCGGUUAGUUCAUGCAAAACAAAAGCUCGUGUCGGAGUAAAGCACAACGCUGUCUCUAUGGAUCUGGAAUCUACCGAGGCGCUCUCUCAAGUAUCCGUAGUCCUCGUCCAUCUGGAUGAGAAGCAGGUCCAGCGCGCGACUGCAAGGAAAAAUCCAAUCAAACGAAAGCUGUCGAGCGACGCCAGGUCGGAAAGAGGCGACCAAUCAUCAGGGUGUAAAACGUCCCAGAACUGUCUCACGGCGAGACCAAACCAGCGACAGAAGAGACCCAAAAACGCUCUUUAUGAUGCACUCGAGCCCGUUACCAAAACUCACGAAAACGGCAAAGUUCAAACCCCCAAGAGAGCUGCAGAUUUAGAAAUCCCAGCUUUUGAACAAACUGCAAAAUCGCAGCGUUCUGUAGACGGCCACGAAGACGAAGCAGGUCAGGAGAAGAUCUCUCCUUUCACAGAGAUGUUUCUAAGGAGCUCAGAAACUACGAGUCGGUCCCACAUGAGACAAGUCAAGAGGAGAGCAGACCAUCACAGCAGAAGAGCCAGAGUUUUACAAACCAGGUCUCCUAAAGCUGAAGAGCUGACGAAAUCCGUCACAAUGGAGGACGCCGAUCUGGCGUCUUCAUCCGUCCGGGAUUCAGAAGGCGGCUUAUCAAGACGCCUGCAACGGAGCUACUCCUGCCCUGAGAUUCUGUCUCUUGAAAGUCACGAUAUUCCCUGGAGAAGUUUGCAUUCUCCACAUCCCGGCAGGUUUCACUCUUCUCACCACCACCAUCAUCAUCAUCACCACCAUCACCACGGUCCUCACAUCUCAGCUGCUCACAAGUCCCAGCGGCGGGCGCGUCGACACACCGUCUGCAGCGUGGAGGUGGAGAGGGAGAUCGCUCCGCUGUGUCUCCGGAAGGAGGUCUACCCGUUCAGGAGGUCUUCUCCGCACGAGCCGGUUCCCCGCCACCCGUCUCCCACUCACUCGCAUUCCCCCAGCUUCUCGCUCUCCGCUCUGGCUUCCUGCUUCCUGUCGAGCCCGUUGGCUUUUCUGUCAAAGAGAGGCGACUGCAGAGGAUCCGCUGCCAGCUCCAGCCCGUCAGGACACUUCUCUUCAUCCUCGACUUCCUGUUCGGUGACACCCCCACCGUGUCCCUCCACCUGGACUCCAGGCAUGAGUCCAAGAGCUGAAGCUGCUGCCACCUUGGAUUCAAGCUGCAGUGGAAAUCCGGUUCAGCUUGAGUCUGAGAGGAGACAACGGAGCGAAGAGGAGGACGACGGUGAAGACACGAGCUCCUCCAGCCAGGAGUGUGAAGACGUCGGGCUGAGGGAGGAGAAAGCUCUCUCGGACUCGGAGAUCAAAGCUGUGCAGCAGCACCAGGAGCGGAAAAAGGUCUCGUCGAUUAGAAUUCGUAAAACUUUACCCAAACCUCAGACAAACCUGACCCCCAUGGGUCUGCCCAAACCCAUCAGAGUGAAGAAGAAAGAGUUUAGCUUGGAAGAAAUUUACACCAACAAGAAUUUCACUAAACCCCCUGGAAGCCGUCUGGAAACCAUCUUCGAAGUGCCUCUCAACCGCAAGAAUGGCUCGGAGUCGUGGUUCGGACAAAGGCGCGUCAAGCGCUUUGUGGAGUUUUUGGAGGUCGGCGGGGUGAGAAAGCCAAAGAAAACUCCGGUCGGAAGCGGUAAAGCAGGUAUUUCCUCUUCGAGGACGAGGCGGGGAGCGUUCUCUAAAGACGGCCCUCCCCUCAGCAUUCAGGACGUGGACUCGCUGCUCUGUGCAAAACUCGACCAGCUCAAUUUGUGGCUGAUCGGCGAUGAGACGGAAACGUGACUGAAGUCUCUCCGUUGCCAUGCCGACUGUUGUUUAUAUUUGUAGUUUUGCUUUUGUCGACCCGUGUUGCGUCUGAGCGCUAUACAUUUUUUUUAUUAAAUACUGUGGUACACGUAUUUACACA